AUGGAUAGAACGUGCCAUUACAAUACUAGAAAUGUGAAUCCCCUUAAAAGAAGAGUUAAUCGGCUACCAAAAAGUACACCUGGGAAUAUCAACUGCUGUUGCGGAUAUUGAGAGUCGGAACAACUUAAGAAUGAUAUGUCCCGUAUUCAAAAAGAGUUAGAUAAAGCCCAUGAGGUUAUUGCUGUAAUGGAAUUUGAAUUAGACAGCGUAAGUUGGGUGGAUAUACUGGCUCUCCAAAAUCAAUGGCUACGCGAAGAAGUGCAAAGGCUUAAGUUGGAGGAAAUGGAUGUGAUUCCUAGAGACGAGGAGGAAGAUCCAGCAUCUCGAAAAAAUCGACGCAGUUAUUGGCAGCAAGUGUCUGCAGGAAUACUUAACCCCCAGCUUCAAAGUUUAUCUCAAGAGCAGCGACACGGUCUAAUUUGGGAUUAA